AUGGCGGGCAACCCGUUGAGGCCAUUACAGGGCGGUUCGAGUCGUACGACGCUCUUGCGGGAGCCGCGGAAACUGGUGUCGCGCACACGCACCGAGGAGCGCCAGGUGGAGGGCGGCGGGUCGUCGCGGGAGCUGCGCGUCGAAGCGGCCCGCCGCGAGGUGGGGAGCGCUGCGCCGGCGCACGGCGGCGUCACGAUCAGCGGCACGUCCGGCGGCCGCUCCUCCAUGCCGCUGCCGCGCCAACGCUCUCACCGGAAGCCGCCGUGCUCCGACGCCUCCAGGUGCUCACAUUCCAGCACCGCCCUCUCGAACGCCGACGCCGACUCCAGCAGGGCGAUCGCCGUGUUUUGCAUAGAUGCGCGCUUAACCCCACUCGUUCGUCUGAUACCGGUUUGGAUGGUUUUCGGCUCGUUAGUAAUGUUAUACUCUCGGAUUUACUCAAGUUCUAUCUACAAGUAUGUACUAUGGUAUGGUUUACGAAUAUAG